AUGGUGCUGGUCGUGGCCGCCGCACUGAUCGACGGGCCCCACGUGCUCCUCGCCCAGCGGCCGCCUGGCGGCCCGAUGGCAGGACUGUGGGAGUUUCCUGGGGGCAAGGUCGACCCCGGGGAGGUGCCAGAGGCGGCGCUGGUGCGGGAGCUGCGGGAAGAGCUGGGGAUUGAGGUCAAGCCGGAGGACCUGCGGCCGCUGACGUUUGCCAGCCACUCCUAUGACUCGUUCCACCUGCUGAUGCCACUGUAUGCGUGCCGCAAGUGGUCUGGCGAGCCGCGCGGCUUGGAGGGGCAGCAGCUGGCAUGGGCAGAGGGGCCCGAGCUGACGGGCUACGACAUGCCGGCCGCGGACAUCCCGUUGGUGGAGCCGGUCACGCAGGCGCUCCAGCGCCAUUUGUAA